AUGGUUACUUUGGGUCCUUUCCGGGCGCUGUUAUUAAGGGCAUCAAGUCAAAGUCCGCGGUAUGAAGGACUAGAGGUUUGGGACUCUACCGGCAUUAACUACGCACAUUUGAUGUUCGAAGGUCUCGCUCGCCCUGGCUUUGUUGCGGUCCCAGAGCCCGAUCUUGACACGUAUGGGUAUGGUAUAUACGUUGCAGGCACAAUCGGCUCUCGUGUCUAUGGAGUCGCCAAAAGGACGCAGUUGAUCUCCGCCAGGGCUUUCCUUGUAGAAAGAGCCUCUACCUCGAUCAUCCUGCUGGGCCACGCCUGGGCUAUCAACGACAUCAAAGGCGACGCCUUUUCCGAAAACUUCAACGCUCUCGGUAUGACUAUAGUUGUCGCUGCCGGGAAUGAAGGCGUGCCCGCUAUUACCACCAGCCUAGCCUCGAGCCCGCACGCCAUUACCGUCGGCGCCAUCGCUGCCGGGAACCUUGAAGCCUCCUCUAACUGGGUCGUUGCUCUCGACAUCUUUGCCCCGGGUGUUGAUACCCUAUCGACAUAUAUCCCUUCCCCCAUGGUCAUGGCGACUAAGUCAGGAAUGUCCAUGGCCAGCCCGCACAUCUACGGCCUCGCCAUGUAG